UUCCUUUAAUAAUAUUCAUUAGUACUGUCGAAUCUAAGUUAGUGAUUCUUGAAAUGGUUUUACUCAGUCCAGUUUCACUUCCAGCCAUCGAACCACGAGUUUAGCCGGUAGAGGUCGGGCGGCUUACAAAUCGGGCAUGUCCGGACGUAAGGUGAAGAUAUAGAUAAAUUUCAGGAAUAGUGUAUUGUAAAACAUAAGAAAGAUUAUUAACAUUAACGACAGCGAUGUGACAAUUACUUAGAAGAUACUUUGUUUUUAACGAUUAAGGUUAGGUAGCCUACCGGGACAGCUAAUAGAUACUGGGAAGCUAGGUAGUUAAUUUAGACCUGUAACUUCACAUUUCUGCAAAGACUGAGCUAUGCUUCAAGUUCGUUUACCGUGUUUGUCCAGUGAAGGAUGCUGAGAAGCUGUAGAAGGCUGGUUUUCCUAAAGCCUGCCUCUGAUGGCUGGAUGAGACGGGCUCUUUCUCAGGGAUGCUGUGCCUUGGUACAGGGAGGGAAGCUGAGGGCCUUCCUGUGUCAGUCCUCCUCCUCCCUGAGAGGUCCUAGCACCUCCUGCAACAGGCUCGGACCGUACGGGGGCAAACCGGGGUCCCGCUGCCUGACCCCGCCCUCUGCGGGACGUAGGGGCCUCUCCCAGGGCCCCUCGGACUCCUCCCCGGGCGUCAGGCUGCGCACGCGGCUGGGGGUGACCCUGCUGAUCGGCGCGGGGGUGCUGGGCACCUGGUGGUACGUGCGUUCGGAGAAGCAGCAGAGGCAGCGGCUGCAGCGCUUGGAGCAGCUGAAGCAGGUGGCGGUGGGCCAGGGGGACUUCAGCCUGCUGGACCACACGGGCGUGCGGCGGAGCAAGCGGGACUUCCGCGGGCAGUGGGUGCUGCUCUACUUCGGCUUCACCCACUGCCCGGACAUCUGCCCCGACGAGCUGGAGAAGAUGAGCGACGUGGUGCGGGCCCUGGACCGCGAGCCGCGCCUCCCUCCCCUGCAGCCCGUCUUCGUCACCGUGGACCCCGAGCGUGACGACGUGGCCGCCAUGGCGAGGUACGUCAGGGACUUCCACCCGCGCCUGGUGGGGCUGACGGGCACGCCCGAGGAGGUGCGGGAGGCCGGCCGGGCGUACCGGGUCUACUGCAGCGCCGGGCCCAAGGACGAGGACGGCGACUACAUCGUGGACCACACCGUGCUCAUCUACCUGCUCAGCCCCGACGGCCUCUUCCUCGACUACUACAACAGGACCAAGGACGACAAGCAGAUCGCCGACAGCAUCCGCAAGCACAUGGAGUCCUACGUGAAGCUUUUCCCCGACUGAAACUGAAGGGCUGUUUGUGUCCUUUGUGUCUGAUGGUGGCGUGCGUGCAUGCGUGUGCGCGUGUGUGUAACGGAAGUUUCACAACUGUCUUUAAAAUGAGAUGCAUCCUAAAGCCAUCAUGCCUGUCAGUCCUUUUGCUGUGAGAGAUGUAAGCCACACCCCUUUAUACUCAGUGAAUAAACAUGCCCCAAGCUUUCUUUGCCCAGUCAUAGGGCUGGGCCCUCCUCAUCCGUAAAACAUCCGGUCACACUCCCGCAGCAGCUGCAUAUUUUCACUGCGCUGUCCGGCUGCUCAGCUGCGCAGUCACUGCUCUGCAGGCAGCGCAGUCAGCGUAGUCGGACUGCAGUCGCUGCGCUGGCCAGAGGAAUCGCUUCUGUGUGAUGCAAUGCUGAGAACCUUGGCAGCCGAGCCCUUCCUUCCUGGGUUAGGCUACAGCCAAUCGUACGCCUGCCUGUAGGGCUGUGCUUCGGUGCUCAACGCCAGCCUGCUGGGCGUGUCCCUGCACUGAAACGUAGCGUCUUAGGAGGAGGCUUGCAGUUUUGAGUAACUCUUUGUGCAGUCAACAGGCAUUUCUCAGCUGAACAUUUCCAUUGUUAACACUGAUCCUGAAAGCCUGAGUGGGGGUUUGUUCAAGUGAAAAUGUGACUUGAUUUUGACAGUAUGUGUCACUCAUAAGUCUCUGUAAGGACAACAGUGACUGCAGGAUUCAGACAGGGAGAAGAACUCUAUGCCACUAUGUGUCUGGUCAUUAUUGAAUUUCCUGUUGUUCACAAUUGUGCCAAAAAACUCUGUAGUGUAAUUUACAGUGUAAUAAAAGAUACUAAAUAAUCAUAGUUA